GCGCCUGGUCACCCGUGCCGGUACUGUUGCUACAGCUCUUGUGGGUACUGUUGCUGCAGCUCGUGUGGGUACUGUUGCUGCAGCUCGUAGUUGAUCCGAGUGACUUUAGCCGUCAUGGGGGCUGCAAUUCCUAUUCUGUUUGUGUUCAUCGGCUGCUGCACCAAUGUUGUCUUUCUUGAGCUUCUUGUCAAGGAGCAGCCAGGCAGUGGAAAUAUCAUCACGUUCGCUCAGUUCAUCUUCAUUGCUUUAGAGGGCUUCUUAUUUACAGCAGAAUUUGGCAAGAAGAAGAAUGUUGUACCUGUCAGAGAUUAUCUAGUGCUGGUGGUGAUGUUCUUCAUUGUCAACGUCUCCAACAACUUGGCCUUUGGCUUCAAGAUCUCCAUGCCUCUUCAUAUGAUCUUCCGCAGCGGAGGGCUCAUUGCUAACAUGAUAAUGGCAAUUGUGGUGCUGGGGCGGCGCUACACCCUCACCAAGUAUGUUUCUGUCGCAAUGAUCACCGUCGGCACCAUUAUUUGCACCUUCGCUUCUGCAGAAACUGUGGAGAAGCAUGACGACAAUGAGGCCACUGCUGAAUUUUCUCAUUUUGUAACAUGGCUGAUGGGGAUUGGACUCCUCACAUUUGCGUUGUUCAUGUCUGCUCGCAUGGGGAUAUUCCAGGAAUGCCUCUAUUCCCGACAUGGCAAGCACUCACGGGAGGCUCUCUUCUACAUACAUGCGUUGUCCCUGCCGGGGUUCUUGCUGACCUGGAGAAGCAUAGUGGAUCACGCCAUCAAGUUCAGCUCGUCUCCAUCCCUGCCAGUACUGGGCUCCCUCCCAGUUCUUGCACACUUGCCCAGGCUCUGGGUCUAUCUCCUUGGCAACAUGCUCACUCAAUAUGUAUGUAUCAGCUCGGUCUUCACUCUGACGUCGGAGUGCACCUCGUUGACGGUGACGCUCAUUCUCACGCUGCGCAAGUUUCUCUCGCUCACCUUCUCUAUCAUAUACUUUCAGAAUCCCUUCACAAUAAGUCACUGGAUAGGCACAGUGCUGGUGUUUGGUGGGACGCUGUUAUUUUCUGAUAUCAAAGGCAAGGUUCAAGAGGCUAUGAGCUCAACCAGAGAGAAGGUUGAGUAAUGUUUACAAGUUUGGUGCGACUUUGUUACUGUUUGUAUUAUAAAUCGUCAAUGCAUGUCCAAUGGAACACACUCGGAAGUGUUGUGCAUAGAAGCUUUAAGUCACGAGCCAUACUAAAAAUAUAGUACGUAAAUAAAAUGUUUUAUGUGUGUGUGUGUGUUAAGACUUUGUUAUUUAUUUGCAGAAAAAAUAACUGCAGAUUUGUUUAUAUCAAACUGGAGAAAAGGAAAACUUGUAAAUGUCUGAAUUUUGUUGUAAUGAUUAUUUUUUUACGCAUUAAUUCUAACCCUAUUGUUUGGGCUUUAAGAGAAAUUUAUAAUGCUAGGAAGACAGAUACUGGACUGUAACUUGACAAGUAGUUUAAGUAGGCUUAAAGGCAGUCGAGUACGUUGGCUCGAGCAGCUCGUGUCUCGAGUCUUCAUUAAAUGAAGUAGAAACAAAAAAAAAUGAAAGUGAAUAUCUUGUAGGUACAGUUUCAGUUUUUUUUUUUUUUAUUCUAUGGAAGUCUGAGUCGUGUAACAUAUUGUUACACGUUUGUUAUAGUUGGAAUGAAGGUUGUUGUGUAUUGGAACACAGCUCGUAUUAUGCAGCUGUUAUGUGAACCAUUUUGUUUAUUGCACAGCUGUUAUGUGAACCUUUUGGUUAAUUGCACAGCUGUUAUGUGAACCUUUUGGUUUAUUGCACAGCUGUUAUGUGAACCUUUUGGUUUAUUGCACAGCUGUUAUGUGAACCUUUUAGUUUAUUGCACAGCUGUUAUGUGAACCUUUUGGUUAAUUGCACAGCUGUUAUGUGAACCUUUUGGUUAAUUACACAGCUGUUAUGUGAACCUUUUGGUUUAUUGCACAGCUGUUAUGUGAACAUUUUAGUUUAUUGCACAGCUGUUAUGUGAACCUUUUAGUUUAUUGCACAGCUGUUAUGUGAACCUUUCUUGGGGGGAGCCCUUUGUGGCUCCCUAUUAUCUCCGAUGAUGGUGCCAUGAUUCGGAGAGUUCUCUGUCCUACCCAGGACCCAGAGCCAGAACCUGGCCUCCCCCCCCCCCCCCCCUCCUCACAGAGGUGCAGGGAACCAUCAUAUUUAUUUAUACCACCGCCGAGGAAAGCACCCAGAAAAUCGGAGAGACAAAACUGUGGCUCUGAGACACUGCAGGUCUCGGAGCCACAGCUAGCUGCCUCCGAGACCUGCAGACUCAAAAUGGCCAUAGAACUAAAAAUUAUGUAAACAUACAAUUGAAGAUGUUAUAAUCCAGUGCCCACUUAUUUGCCCCACUCUUUCCCCCCAUCUAGGGUGGUGGGUGGGCAGCAGGCCUCGGCUCACAGGCAACUUCGUCAAUUCUCUUCCGAUAUGUAAUGGUGUCGGGUCUGCCAUUGUCUCUCUCUGUUCCCAGUGUUUUUUCUUUGGUGUGUUUUGCCUUGGUGGCUAUUCAUUGCACUUUUGUGUGUGUGGACCAGGAAUUUUUGAGCACUUGGAGCUGUCCGUGUUCAGGGUUCCCUUUCCUGGGCGCUCCCUUGGGCUGCCCUUGAGCUGCCAAGGUUUUCUUCCCUGGAGUGUUCGGGCGACGUUUCUUUAGAGGUCUAGCUCACUUGUGGUGGCCUUCGCCUUGGGGAUAGUCUGGUGUCUUAGGCGUAUGUCUUUUCUCCAGCUGGAGCAUCUUUGUUGGUGGGGUGUACUGGGCUUCACGCAUGCUGAGGUAGGUUUUCCCAGCUGUUUUGGUUAGGCUGGGUUAAUUUACGUAGAGCUUUCAAGAAUACCGGCGUAGCAUCCCAGCUUUCCUGGUGGUGGCAGACACAAUUAAAACUCGCUGACAGUUUUAUCAUAGUACCACUGCUGUCUCUGCCCCGUUAGAGGAGGCCAGGCUCUAGCUCUUGGUCCCUGGUAGGCCUAAAAGAACUCUACAGCUGAUGGUGUGUAGUAGUUUAGCACUAGAUCAGCAUUAUAACUUCAGGGAGCCACCUGGGCUUGCCCAAAAUAGGCGUUUCAUUACAUUCAAUAGUUUUUUUUUUUUCACAUCUGUUGUCUGAGCCUUUGCUGUGCAGCUGUCAUGUGAACUUUUAUUAUUGCACAGCUGUUAUGUGAACCUUUGUUUUACACACCUGCCUCAAAAACCAUAGGUUCACAGCACCAGCCUGUCCUCCAAAGACCCAAAGUCCAUUCCAUGCACCUGCCACACCCCCCCCACCCCAUCC